AUUUAAGACUGGGAGAUCGAAAUUUGAAAGAGGAUGCGUUGGUGAUUAAACUAAUUGGUAAUUGCUUUAUGUUACACCAGCAGUAUUGGCAGUACUUGAAGGACUAGACUUGUUUGCAAUUUUUUCUCUUAAUUAAAUUAAUUUUUCAACAAGGCACCGUAGCAAUACUGUUUUAAAGUUCUGUCAUUGCUAUAAGAAUAGUUUCUGCUCAGUGGUUUAAUGUUGUUUAUAAUUAUAUCUUUAAGCAUUGACUAGAGGAAUUUGCUCCUGGAUUAUUGUUUUUUGCUUCAAAACUAUACUUGUUCUGUCAUUUUACACAACUCCACACACACUCUGUCAUCUUAUAUUGGACAUUCCUUACUUUUGACUGUUGAAACUUGAUGGCUAUGAUAUUUUAAAUUUCUGGACAAAAAGAUUAUGCACGUGCUAGAUGAUUAUGCUUUUUUAAGGAUGUUAGUGCAUUCAUGUAUGCCCAUCUACAUCUUAAAAACUUGAUCUCUCAUCAUGUUAGUUGUAGCAUAACUGGAUUAGUUAUAAUGAGGACAUACCCCUGGACUGUUUGCUAAUUUAAUUUGAUUUUUUAUCAGAUUUCCUUUGCAACUUCACUUCAGAAAGCGGACAGCAUAUUUGAACUAUUGCUGAAAGGUUACAAACGCGUUUUGGACUUUAUGUCUUUUUUCCUUUUGUUCAUUGGCUUCUUUAUGCCCCAGGGAAGUUUGGUCUACUGGGUUACAAAUAGUUCAUUUAGUCUCAUUCAGCAAUUAUUCUUCAAGCAUCCUGCUGUUAUUGCAAGGUUUGGUUUACCAAAUAGGAGAGCUCAUAGAAGAGGUGAAAAUUCUAAGGAAAUGCAUAUAUCUGAAAAUUUGCCUGCUGAACUAUCAUCAAAGGAACGCAUAAUUACCAUGGAAGACCUAUCUCCUGAAGAACUACUGAAACUCUCAGUCAUACGCCUAGGAAGGGAGCAGCAUGAAAAAGCAAUUUCCUCUCUAAAGUAACUUUUUCUGAUUGGCUCUAGAAAAAGAUCCUGAUUAUGUGAGAGCAAUGGUUGUUUUGGGGAAUGCUCUUAUGCAGAAAGAAAUGCUGGUGGAGGCAAGGGAGUAUUUAGAGUGUGCCAUUUCCAAGCUCUCUCUUCCUGGGCAUCCAAUCAAGGUAGAGGAAGUUGAUCUUUUGAUUCAAUCAUCUCAAUGGACAGCACUUAUAUGUAUAAAACAGGGCAAUGAGGCUGAGGGACUGGUUCACCUGGAAAGGAUGGCAACUCUACAGGAGCCAGAAGAUCCUCAAAGUAAAGUGCAUUACUAUAAGGGGUUGCUAUUGCUCUGGAGUAUUUUACAUCGAGCAAAUCGUAGGGAAGAAGCAAAAAAGUAUGCGAGUAGAAUGGUUGCUUAUGAUCCUUCACUCAGACCCCUGUUGGAACAGUUGGAAAAGCGAGGUGAUGUUGCCAUUGAUCUCAAGGUAGAUUAUUAACUGUUUACCUUCUGCAUAGAUGUUUCAGAUGUAAAAUUUAUUUCUACGAGCAUCUUCAGUUAAUUGCUAUUAUUUUCCCUUACUUUUAGAGCUUUUUCUGAGCAACUGACCGUUGAGGCUCUUUAGGUUGAAAAGAAAAUUAUUGAAUUUUAGUUCUCCAGUUCUUCUUCUCCUCCCUCCAUCUUUUCCAAUUCUUAAGCAGUAGGAUUUCUUAGGCAUCCUUGCAUUCUAUUCUGUUUUAGCGGGGCAUGGUUAUUGCCAUGUAACUUUUUGUUAAGAACACAAAACGCUAGCAUCAAUACUCAUGUGUUUUGGUAGUAGAGUUACUUACUCUUAACUAUAAAUUUAGGCUUCAAUU